AUGGUCAAGGAGGGACUGGGUUCCCUCAGUUUCCCCUGGGAGCCACAUCUGGGGACCUCUUGUAACCCUGUCUCUUUCCAUGCAGCUGAAUUCUCAGUGUACAACACCACCACGUCAACAACGACCUCUGGACCAGGCACCGGAGGCCGGGCAUGGCCUGUGCUGGUAGGGGUUUUGCUGGGGGCGGUGGUCCUCUCCCUACUCAUUGCCCUUGCUGCCAAGUGCCACCUCUGCCGCCAGUACCGGGCCAGCUACCGGCAUCACCCACUGUCCAGACCAGAGGGCGGGAACCGCCCACAGGUGGGUGAAGAUGAAGAUGAUGAUGGCUUCAUCGAGGACAACUACAUUCAGCCUGGGGCUGGCGAGAUGGAGACAGCAGGGAGUCGGGACCACUUCUCUCUCUGAGCCCCAUCUUUGGACACUCCCCACUUCCCUCCACGCCUGGCACUUUAGAGACAGCGAUGCCUUAAACCUCAGGGUCAGAAGUGGCUAGAACUUAAAACUUGCCCAGGGGACUGUUUUCUGACACCAGUGUCAAAGUGACAAUUCUGCUUUUCACUAACUCCCCGUGUCUUCCUGCUGCCCCAGGAUAAACCCUGGCAGGGCAGGACUGUGGGGAAGGCCCCAGUGUGCAGGCCUCUUGCCUCUUGUUUCCCUUUCCUCACCUCCCUCCUCCCUGCCUUACUGAGUUUUUACCAUAGCCACCUGCUACUUGGGUGGUUUUGUUCUUCAUCAUGAUGGCAGCCCUGACCUAAAAAGUCCCAGGAUUUCACACAUGCCCAGGCAGGAGAAGACCGUGCCAAAUUUCUUACUGAAAUUUUUUUUCUUAUCAAAAUAAAGUAUGUGAUUUGGUUAUAAUAUGUUUUU